AUGGCAAUGGCAAGGACUCUAAGGAUUGUGCUCUCCCUCGUUAUGCUUCAUUUCUUAAUAGUAGAGAACCAUGCUACUACCACUACUGAGGCUCCAGCACCACAGCCCCCAAGGCAAAUGGAAUUACUGAAGGCAGCCUUCAACCUCAAGUGCUGCGCUAAGUGCUUGUGCGUGCCUCCAGGCACCUACGGGAACAAGCAAUUCUGUCCUUGCUAUAACAACUGGAAGACCAAGAGAGGAGGCCCCAAAUGCCCUUGA